UGGGACUAACAGGCAAUCCAUCUUCAACUCAGAACCAACGGUAACAGUACAGAAGACGCCACUGUUCUUUAAUCUUUAUCCAAAUUAACAUUGGAAAUACUUUAUAAUAAUAAUUAUUAUACUUUUUUGUUAGAUUUUUUAUAAUCCUAAAAGAGUAAAGUAGAAGAAGAGAGGAGGGGAGUGUUAAAAUUUCAAGAUAUGGAUCAAAACAUAUCAUAAAGAUUCAACCUUUAGGUGCUAACUAAACAACUUAAAGAUGGAGAGCCUGAAUUCUAUUGAAAUGGGAUUAAGUGGGUUGGCUUCAAAACUUGUUUAUAACGCAUCAUCAAUGGAGUUGUUGAGAUCUAGCAGGGCUAGAGCUGACUUUCAAUGGGGUGGAACCAUUUCUGCCAUAUUUUUGUUGAUCCUGAUACGAGUGGGGAGGCGAUCAGCCUUGCAGACUACACUUUUGGCAUUGUUUCUGUUUGCAAGUUUCCCAGCCGGCCUGUUCAAAGUUUUAAGAGGUCAGUUUGGUUAUUGGAUUGCCUUUAUUGCUAUCGCAGCAAAUCUAUACUUUCCUGAAACCUUUCCAGUUUCUCACUUCCCACUAUUUGUCCUCACACCUGAUCGGCUGGCUCAUGGACUCCGGGAUAGCAUUGCGAGUGGUAUCUUUUGUCUCGUAUUAGCAGUUUUUCUUCUAGUGAUAGAGCUUAGAGAUAUUGGAGGAGUGAGGAGCUGUGGAUGUAAUAUUUAUUGCUUUUUCUAUAGUCUUGCUAUAGGUUUCUUGUUCUACUUUACGAUAAUGUAUCUAUCCUUAGCAAUUUGGUGAAGAAAAGAAAAAAGGUUAUUUUCCGAGAGGAAGGGUUGUCCCUAACCUACUGAAUUUCAGCUUGAGCCUCACUUGGGCUUUACAAUGAGAAAUGGGUUUUCUUGAUGGAAUUCUUUACUGGUGUAAGGUACUCAAAUUUUUUCGAUAUUUCCAGUACAAUAUAUGCAAAUGUCACCGAGUUUUUUUUUUUAAA